UUCAGCUCUUUUAAUCUCAUCCUCUGCCUCCUAGACUGUUGACCACAGCCCAGACCCGUCAGAAUACCCAGAUGGAAGAUAUCUGACCCCAGAUUGACACCCAUAUAAGCUGUGUGUGUUUGCAGAUACAGUAGGAUUCUUUGGUGCUAGGUUGUCCUCGGGUUCGUCUUAGGUGGAAUUCGAUGUAAAUCCACUUGUGUGCUUUUGGGUCUUUGACGAUUAUUUGGGGCCUGGAGGAACACGGCUAUGAAAUCAGUGGCUGUGUUAAUGUGCUGCCUUGCAGCGACCCUUUCACAACAGCCUGGAAGACUAGACCCACAUAAUGAUCCAAAACUACACGAAGGACCAGGACCCCACACUCACACUCACACGGAAAUCAUCACCAUCAUACGCAAUUGGACCCACGAAGAUGUCCAUCCUCCACCCCCUCCUCCAUCCCCCUGUGAUGAAGUGACUGAGUGUCCCAUUGACUUGUACUUCGUGAUGGACUCCUCUGAGAGCAUCGCCCUGCAGCAGCCCCCUCCGGGAAGCCUGGUGAAGAAGGUGGCAGAUUGGACGAGGGAGUUUGCCCUGAGGCUCCGGGAGGAGGUGUACAACAGACAGGUGAAAAUCAGCUGGUUUCUGGGGGGACUCCACUUCUCCCAGACACAGGAGCUCAUCAGUGAGAUCACCAGCAGAGACAACUUUAUCAGGAAAAUGGAUGGUAUUGACUGGUUAAAGUCUUACCUGGGUAAAGGUAAGAUCGCCAACACUCAUUUGCAUGCUUCUUCUUCAUGGAUCUAGCCUUCUGUUGUUUUC